GGGGUCCCCUAGGCGGCUGCGGGGUCGGCUCCUCGGCCCGACUUCCGGCGGCUGGGGCUGGUCGGCUUGCGCAGGCCCGCGGCCCGCACCGCGCGAGCCCCGCAGCGUCUUCCGGGCCGAGGCGGGGCCGGGCCGCUGGGAGGCGGGGAAGCGGGAAGGUGACCGGGGCGCGAGGCGGAGCCGGCGCGCUGGCGGCAGCGGGGCCGACAUGGGCGGCGCGGGGGCGCUCCUGAGGCCGGCGGCCCUGAAGCUGAACCAGAGACGGGACAUCACUUCCUGGCUGGCCCAAUGGUUCCCCCAAACCCCAGCCAAGUCCGUGGUGGCCCUGAAAACACCCAUCAAGGUGGAGCUGGUAGCUGGGAAAACCUACAGGUGGUGUGUGUGUGGCCACAGCAAGAAGCAGCCCUUCUGUGAUGGCUCCCACUUCUUCAAACGCACUGGCCUAUCCCCACUCAAGUUCAAGGCCCGGGAGACCCGCAUGGUGGCGCUCUGCACCUGCAAGGCCACCCAGAAGCCCCCGUACUGCGAUGGCACCCACAGGAGUGAGCGGGUGCAGAAGGCAGAAGUGGGCUCCCCACUCUGAGGGGGCGGCUGCUGACCGGCCCAAGAAGGGGUCACCCCAGGGACCCCAGUACCCAUAGCUGGCUCGUGAAGGACUUGCUCCCGUAACCCGAGGUCUCCAGUCUGGGGUGGCUGGAACUGGCCCCUGCCCCAAUGCCUGCUGGCAAAGAUGGCAUUAAAUAGGCGUGCCGGCCCAGA